AUGAAGGAAGUAGUUUCACUAAUGCUCUACCUUCUCACAACGAGUAGUCUCAUCGACACAUCCCAAGGAACACUACCGUUACAGAAGUCGCGGGUGAUUGUGACGAACCAAAUUCCCAUCUACAAUGAAACAUCCUCAAUCGAGUGUUACUCAUCAGACGACAACCUCGGAGUCCACAAUCUUAGCUAUCGUGCAUCCUACCAAUGGAGUUUCAAGACAUCGUUGUUCAACACCAAAUUCUAUUGCUACUUUCGCACGUCGUGUGGUGAGGGGAAAUACGGAGUUUUCACGAAUAGGAUCAACGAUUUAUACUGCAACUAUGUAUGUAAUUGGUCGAUAUACCCAAAUGGGCUGACCGUUGAUAAUCAUCGGUUCCCGGGGAGUAUGGUCUACUGGCAGUCCUGGAAGACUCGGAAGAAUUGCAACCAUUAG